UUUCCCUAAUUUUUUAUCCUUUUCUACAACCGACUCCCUUUUAGUGUUCUUGGGCCAUGGUUCGAAAGAAAGGUUCCCUUAUAUUAUGCGGUGCUUUUCUGUUUGUCGCGUGGAACGCUUUGCUUUUACUUUACCUUUGGGGACGUCCACCGAUUGGCCGCCUCGGGGAGGGUGAUGGCGCCGAACCAAGAGGAAAUGAGGAGUGGGGUCUGAUCAGAGGCAAAGGAAGCCGGACCAACCUGGCGGGGGAGGUGAUCCAGCUGGCAGAGGAAGUUGAAAUUCAGCUGGAGACCCAGAAAAAGCUCUUAAAGCAGAUCGGAAGUUACAGGGCAGCAUGGUCCAAGCGCAAAGAUGUUGGCAAAAGAGAAAUGGCCGUCAAAUCCGAAGCGGUUCACCCGCCCCGGAGGCCUCCCCUUCCUUUGAAAGACAACAUGGAUACCAAGGAUCAACCUCGAAAACACCCUCGCAAGUCUUUUGUUUCACUCGCCCCAGACGCUCAGCGUCAGUCCAACGUCAUUGAGACGGUCAGCGCUGACAAAUUGGCAACUUUUGUCGCGAGCCCAGAAGUCGUCAUUCCUAUCCUAGUUAUCGCCUGCGACCGAGUGACCGUCAAACGGAGUCUUGACAGACUGAUUCAGUACCGGCCUUCCCAAGAACUCUAUCCUAUCAUUGUCAGCCAGGACUGCGGCCAUGCUGAAACAGCCAAUGUCAUUGGCUCAUAUGGCAGUCAAGUGACACACAUUAGCCAGCCAGACCUCUCAGACAUCAGAGUACGGCCGGAACACAGGAAGUUCCAGGGCUACUACAAAAUUGCCAGACAUUAUCGCUGGGCGCUCAACCAAGUGUUCAACACUUUCUCCCAGUCCACCGUGGUCAUAGUAGAGGAUGACCUUGAGGUGGCACCGGACUUCUUUGAGUAUUUCCGUGCCAUGUACCCAAUCCUGCGAGCCGACCCGACCUUGUGGUGUGUGUCCGCCUGGAAUGAUAACGGCAGAGACGCCUUGAUCGAUCCAUCCAAAGCCGCUCUUCUUCACCGGACAGACUUCUUCCCCGGUCUGGGCUGGAUGCUGCUUAACGAAUUGUGGGAGGAGCUGGAACCCAAAUGGCCUUCUGCAUUCUGGGACGAUUGGAUGCGUCUGCCAGAGCAGCGCAAGGACCGCUCAUGCAUUCGCCCGGAAAUCUCCCGGACGAUCACCUUUGGCCGAAAAGGUGUCAGUUUAGGUCAAUUCUUUGACCAGUAUCUACGCUAUAUUCGACUUAAUAUGGAAUUUGUGCCUUUUACCAAACAAGACUUCUCUCAUUUGCUAAAAGACAAGUAUGAUGAGAAGUUUAUCAAAGAAGUUUACAACGCCCCACUGGUGAAGAUUGAGGAGCUGCAACAGGGGGGAAGUUUAAGUGGACCUGGUCCUUAUAGAGUCAAAUACUCUAGCAGGGAUAGUUUUAAAGUCCUUGCCCGGAAUCUGGGGGUGAUGGAUGACUUGAAAUCCGGAGUCCCGCGGACAGGCUACAGGGGUGUCGUCAGUUUCCUGCACCGCGGUCGAAGAGUGUUUUUGGCUCCGCCAGAAGGUUGGACGCAAUAUGAUGUCAGCUGGAGUUGAGACGGGUCCAAAAAAAAAUAAUAACCUAAAGUGUCGACAAGACGAGUCAUGCUCGGAGGUGCACCUCUUGGGACCCAAGAAGGAAUUCCAACAGCACACCGGCGGGACUAUGAGCUUGCCUGUUUGCCAGGAAGCUUCCGAAAUGAGGCGCUCGCUCAGGAUCAGCUUGCAUCGAGGCCACCUAGACAAGAAUCCACCGAGUUCAAUGUCACGAAAGGAAAAAUUCCACUCUUGAACACAGCGAAAAUGGUGAAUUAAUGCAACGAUCAUUCAUUAAAUCUGUGAAAUAAUCAGACAGAGAUGACGCUUCCUUUUAUUACCUUCUCCGGUUCACAUCUCACUAGUGGAACAAUCGCAAAAUUCCACCGAGUGGUCCAGUUCAGUUUUGAUUUAACCGUACGAUUUCUCACAGUCGACCUUUUGUACGAUUUGCCGUUGCUUAGCUAUUUUUAAAACAAGCCGUCACCAACAACUUAGUGCGGCGAUUGUUGUUUUCGCGCUUCUCCAAAAUUAUUGUGAAAAGAUUUUUCCGGCGGAUCCUAUUUUUAUGGAAGUACAGAAGCUGAGUUUAUUUUUGUAAUCAGUUCAAUACAUUUUCAAAAAUGUGUAUUCAUAUACAAAAAAUACAUUUCCUUUCUUCUGUUCCAGACUGCCAUAUACUGUAGACCAGGGGUGCCCCAAUACUUUAAAAAUAUGUUAAAGUGUAAGUUGGGGGUUCGUUGUGUUUGAAUGAAUGGCUCUACUUUACGAAACGACAAAAGGAGAGAUGGAUUCCGUUUGAACCGCAGAGCGAUCGACAACACGCUUUCGGCAACUCAAAUCACUUCCUGCUUUCUAACUAUUUUCUAUUUAGUUAUUUUCUAACAUGGGGCGGCGAUCGGCGUGUCACCUGAUACAAAUAGCAACAGUAUUACGAAUUUGCAAGACAAUUCCGACUAAAAAAUGUAGCCCGGGUUGGCUCUUAUUGGUCAAUGGGAAGGAAAAAAAAGAACUGAGCUGUACUGCUUUGUGGAAACGGAGCCUCAGAAAAGUACCGGUACGUGAUGAUGAUAGCAGUUGUGUAAAUGCAGAAUAAGUAUCUUAUCGAUGAGAAUCUUAUGGCAGUCAAAGAUGCAGGCACGAUUGAUUUUUUGUUUGUUUGUUUGUUUUGUUGUGGUUGUUGCUUAAAAUUCCAGCGCUGUUGUCCUAAGGGUACUUCUUGAAGCAAAAAGCUAGAGAUCAAUCUUCCAGUGUUUUCUUCUGCUUCAAACAGAAUCAUUCCUGUGUGUUGUUCAUUUCAUAUCGA